CGGAACUCGACAAGAAUAGUUACACUUGCCAUGGGCAACUUGUUUGGGAAGAAGGCGAACGCGCCGCCGCCGAUCUCGUCGUCGUCGGGUCCGACGGCGAGGCAGACAGCUAAUCGCCAGCGUGCACAGAACCAAGUGUCUUCCAAGGACAAAGCUGUGCUAGAACUGAAGGCGUCGCGAGAUCGCCUCAAGAAGUACCAAGCGCUUCUCGAGCAAGAGGCCGCUCAGUUGACGGAGAAAGCCAAGCAGUUGCUGGAGAAGAAGCUGCGCGACCGGGCGAAGCUGUGUCUCCAACUUCGAAAGUUCAAGCAGCAGCAGAUCGAACAGGCCGACACGCACCUCAUGAAUGUCCUCCACAUGGUCGACAGCGUCGAGUGGGAGUCGCAGCAGCUCCAGAUUUUCGAAGGCCUCAAAGCUGGGAACUCGGUCUUGGACGCAGUCCACAAGGAGAUGACGGUCGAGGCCGUGGAAGAGCUCAUGCUCGAUACCCACGAAGCGCAGGCGAGAGCCGAUGAAAUCGGGCGCUUGAUCGGUGGAUCGCUAUCUGUGGAUGACGACGAAUCCAUCUUGGACGAACUGGCGGCCAUCGAAGCGUUGGAAGCGGAAGCCCUCGACGCGCAAUUCCCUGUCGUGCCAGUUGACAACGUGGUGGUCGAGUCCGUCGUGGGUGCACGUACUGCGCUCCUUCCCAUGACGGUCGAUGGCAGCCACGUCGACCAAAGUGACGUCGCGAUCUCGUCCGCCCAACCUGCUAAAAAGCAAACGCCAGUGUUGGCCUAAGUCGGACAAACUCCAUGCCGUUUUGUUCGGUCGAGUCGUGCUAGCGCAUCGACGUCGUGUGGUGGGGUACAUGUCGAUCGUACCGAUGCUCGUUUGCCCGUCGCCGUCAAAGUACUGUGAUUUGCACGGUCGCAUCCUUGUAUCUAGUUGAUCUGUGGCAAUGGUGUGGCAGGAAGCACCACCACCACAUUAUGUGGGCGGCGCAGACUCCAUGUCGACGGAUGGCAUCGUUUGUGUAUUUGUCUCGUUUUUCAGCAGCACUCUCCAUCAUGUCCUGCCUUCGACGCCUGCGCGCCACAUCCUCUCGCAUGGCACACCGCCAUCGCCACCCACCCGAUGCGCAUGCCGCUGUCGGCCGAAUAGACUGGAAAUAGACCAAUGAAAAAUAUAUAUAAUUGAUGUCAAACUGGCAA